GCACCGAACCUUGGCAACAUGCAGUACAAAAAACACAUCAACUUGUGAAAUAGGUUCCUGCAGCAGGUUCUGGCAGGAAUCGUUUAAAAAUAUCGCGUGAUUUGGACAACAUAAAUUGUUUUUAUUGCCCAAGUUUCCUGGGCAGCUGGCACGAGCCACGCCCGUAUUCAGCAAAAUGUCACCAGACAAAAGAAUUUAAAUUAUUUUCGUUCUUCGCUGAUGGACGAAACGUCAUUUCCAACACAUCACAAUCGGUCUACAAGCGCUUUGGGGAUUAUUACUCACGAGAACCUAACAAUGCCUUUUACACGCGAAGAAAAGCAGAAGGCCAAGGCGGCGAUUUACAACGGAGAAGAGCAGAAUAAGGAUGCGAAAUCUCCGGUAGAAAACGGCCAUGAUUUGGUGGUAGGAGAAGAAGCGAUUGGGCACGAAUGCUGUUAUCCGAAAGGCUGUAUUUCGAGCGAUUCAACGCCAUGGAAUUCCGUUCGUUUUGUUUGUAACAACGAACAGUGCGAUAGAAGCGGUUUCAUGCACGGUGAAUGUGCCGAUGCGUUUGAAGAAGACAUUCUGGCAUACCUUCGAAGCGUUGGGCGGGCACGAAGUUGGUCUGACAAGCAACGAAGGCAAAAUAUAUGGACAAAAAAGGGCUAUGAUUUGAUAUACAAAUGCUGCGCCUGUUCGUGCGGUAAGGGCCAUUUGAAAAAGGAUUUGGAUUACAAGCCGAGCGGCGACGAGGACAGCUUUCAACAAGUUAAAUCGAGACGAAAAAAGAACAAGGCGGCGCAGAAGCCAUUGUUGACAGUCUCCCCCAAUUGCAACGCGACAAGUGGUAUGCCGAAUGCCAGCAAAAUGCAUCAAAGAAAAGCAAGUCAAUCCCCACCCGAGUUCUCUCCUGGCGUAAAGUCGCCCAAUAGAAGGAGAACAAACUCGAAAUCCAAAGAUAUUUUUCAGUUUCCUUCGUCGCCAAAAGGGGAACAGGCAAUCUCAUCGAGCUUCCCAUGGCGAACAGAUUUUGCAACAAUGGUGACCAUCCUUCCUCGACAGAAAAUCAACCCUUGUCACAUCAAGAUGGACGAUGAUUUUACACAAAGCGACGACCCAAGGUCUUUCAUAUUGAAGGCCUUGUUCUCAAACAGUCAGACUGCUGUGAACUGUGUGAUCUGCCAGAGGAAUCUACCAGUGUUUGCAAACUACCCACUGCUUGAUGGUACAUUUUUUCUGUCACCCAAAGAGCUCACAGCAUCUGGCUGCAUCGAGAUGGACUUGCAGUCUCGGACGCUGUACCUCACCGCGGUAUGUAUGCACUGUCUGCAAGGCAAGCCUCAGGCGGUCAAGUGCAAGUUCUGCAAUACAAAAUGGGAUGGGUCGCACCAUCAAAUCGGCACCCUCUACUGGUACGAUAUAUUUGCAGCAUCACCCUGUUGUGAUCGGCGCAACGAAUGCCGAAAAUGUGGUAAACCGGUCGCAAACUCGGAGACGAAACAGUUCUUCUCGGAUUACUCUCGGCGUUUUGAAUGUCCUCACUGUUCCUAUGUUGACUGUCAUUACGUGAAGCCGCUAACCUUAUAUGAACUCACUAACUGAACUACGUACGAACUUCUAAAUCCCCUUUGCCAAUCCCCAAUUGGUUCGAAUUCAGUUUAUGUCUAAGACAAGGAUAAUGUCUUGGUAUUUGUACAUUGUGGCGUAAUUCUGCAAAAUGUUGUGUUGAUAAAGAACAUGCUAAUAUUGUUACAUGACAAGAAUUUGUUACAAAUGGCAAAUUUCUAAGAACAAGAUGUAAUACGCUUUGCUAUUUAUGCCACACCCUAUGUAACUUCAAUUUAUUUAUUGGUCAAAAAGUAUAUCAUGACUUGAAAU